UUGAGAGGACGAGCCAACGACUAUCUCAAUCACGCCAUAGGAAUAUACAUUUCCAUUUCCGGAUCUGAAGCUUGGAGCUGCAGUGUGACACCAAAAAGAGAAUCCGCGAGAUAGGGGAAUGGCGGCGUUUGUAAAGCUAGACGAUUCCCCAAUGUUCCAUAAGCAAGUGAGAUCUUUGGAACAUGCCACAGAUGAACUGAGAGACCGCUGUCAAAAGCUAUACAAGGGGUGUAAGAAAUACACUGAAACUCUUGGAGAAGCACACAAUGGGGACAAUAUCUUUGCAGACUCAUUGGAGGCAUUUGGUGGAGGCCAAGAUGAUCCCGUCAGUGUGUCAAUCGGAGGUCCAAUAAUGUCAAAAUUUGUUUCUGCAUUUCGAGAGAUUGGAACAUAUAAGGAUCUUCUUCGUUCUCAGGUGGAGCAUGUACUGGUUGAUCGACUGACUGAAUUUUUAUCUUUUGAUCUGCAAGAUGUGAAGGAAUCUCGUCGCAGAUUUGACAAGGCUAAUUCUGCUUAUGACCAGGCACGGGAAAAGUUUGCCUCUUUAAAGAAGAAUACACGUGAUGACAUUGUUACUGAACUCGAAGAAGACCUACACAACUCAAAGUCAGCUUUUGAAAGAAGCCGCUUUAAUUUAGUAAAUGCUCUCAUGAAUAUUGAGGCAAAAAAGAAGCACGAGUUCCUGGAAUCUUUUAGUGCGAUUAUGGAUGCUCAUUUAAGAUACUUUAAGUUGGGAUAUGAACUGUUGAGCCAAAUGGAGCCAUUCAUUCAUCAGGUUUUAACAUAUGCCCAACAAUCAAAGGAACAGACCAAUAUUGAACAAGACAGGCUUGCCAAAAGGAUUCAGGAGUUCAGGACACAGGCAGAGCUAGACCUUAUGCAGGCAUCUAGUAAUCUCAGUAGUUCAACAAGUACUUUCCACUCUAAUGGGGUUGGUAUGAGUUCUAAUAAAAAUAUAGAAGCAAUUAUGCAGUCCAGUGCGAAUGGUGAAGUCCAUAUAAUCAAGCAGGGAUAUAUUUUGAAAAGAUCCACCGGCUCAAGGGCUGAUUGGAAGAGGAGAUUUUUCGUUCUAGACAGUCUCGGCAACUUGUAUUAUUAUAGGCACAGUGGUCCCAAAAGAGCGGGAUCUCCGCCACCUGGUGUAGAGCACAACAAUAAGGUAUUUAGUAGAUUUAGAGCAAGAUAUCAAAAGUCAUCAUCUCUUGGAGAAGAAAGUUUGGGAUUUCACACUGUUGAUCUUCAUACUUCAAUAAUAAAAGUUGAUGCUGAAGAUACAGAUUUGCGCCUAUGCUUCAGAAUAAUUUCACCAUCAAAAACAUACACAUUGCAGGCUGAAAAUGAAGCUGAUAGGAUUGACUGGAUGAAUAAAAUAACUGGAGUUAUUGCUUCCCUCUUGAAUUCUCAUCUACAUCGGGUUGACUCCGGUAAAACUGAUGCCAAGAGUGGUAGUGUCAGUUAUGGUGCUUGUGUUAAUGAUAUAUCACUUGACAGCAUUGAAAGUUCACUGCCGAGUGUGAGUGUUGGUCAAGUUGACUCGGUCUCUAGAAUUCUUAGAGAAAUUUCUGGGAAUGACAAGUGUGCAGAGUGCGGGGCUUCUGAACCUGAUUGGGCUUCUCUUAAUCUAUGCAUUUUGAUGUGCAUAGAAUGCUCUGGCAUUCAUAGAAAUCUUGGUGUUCAUAUCUCUAAGUACAACCUGCAGGUAAGGUCAAUAAGUUUAGAUGUCAGAGUUUGGGAACCUACUUUAAUGGACCUGUUUCAAACUUUGGGUAAUUCAUACUGUAACUCUGUCUGGGAGGGGAUGCUUGCACUUUCAAACGAUGGGUGGAAUAGUACGUACAUGAUGCUUGAAUCUUGCUUGAAGCGACCCCAACAGAACUUGAGUUUUUAUCAAGAGUGUGAAGAAGGCUCCAUCUCAAAUGAAGAUAACGGACCUCAAACAACAAAUGAAAAGGGAUCAUGGACAAAAAGUAUUCUUUCUGUUUCAAAACCGAACUCCACAGAUGCUUUUCACAAAAAGGAGAAGUUCAUCAUGGCAAAGUAUGUUGAAAAGCUGUUUAUCAACAAAGAAGCUCUAGCAUAUAACAAGAAUGAUGCCAUCAAUAGCAUCUGGGAUGCUGUAAAAGCAAACCGUUCCAAGGAAGUAUAUCGAAUCAUUGUGACAUCAGAUGUAAAUGUAAUAAACACCACUUAUGAUGAAGUGGUUGGUGCGACGCUGUUUCAUGAUUUUUCAGAGCUUGAAUUUCAAGAUUCUGAAAAGAAACAAUGUGAUCCAGCAGCCUGUGAGAAUAUCAAGCUGUGUCUUCAAGGCUGUUCAUUAUUGCAUCAAGCAUGCCACUCUGAUAAUCCUGUAAUUGUUGAACUGCUGCUCCAAUUCGGUGCGGAUAUAAACAGGCGCGACUUGCAUGGAAGAACUGCUCUGCACCAUUGCAUCUCAUCGGGGAAUAACCAAUUGGCAAAAUUUUUGCUUAGAAGAGGCGCUCGUUCAUCAAUUAGGGAUGCUGGGGGGUUCAGUAUUCUUGAAAGGACCAUGGAAAUGGGAGCAAUCACGGAUGAAGAACUAUUUGUCUUGAUGGCUGAGAGUGAGUAAAAAAUGGUGAAGAUGGAAGCUUGGUAAACUCUUCCCCAUAUGUUCUUCCGUUCCUAUUGUCUGCAAUAACCAUAUCCUACAUUCUUCAUGGUUGGUUGCAUUUCGAAACCUAAUUUUCCAAGUACCCUGUUCUCUAAAGCAAUUUGGUAACAGGAAUAGAAAACUAUUUUAAAGACAGCUUGAGGUGAGAUCGUAUCUAAAGAUGCACAGUUCAUUUUUAUUUUUGUCAUUAUUGUGAUGUACUGUUAUUAUUGUUAUAUACUUUGGACGUUGUUCAAUGUUGUAAACAUUAUAAUACACACACACGG